AUGCUGCGGUUGCUCCUCCUUGCGUUGUUCAAGGCCGUGCUGAAGAGCGUGCUGAGGCGUUUGAGGGCAACCGGCUUGGAGCGAAGUCUGCAAGCAGUGCUUGGCCUGCAGGCAACCGGGUUUUCUUCUUUUUUCCGUGCAAGCUCGGUGCGCGUGACAGAAGUUUGCUUGCCUGCCAAGCGCAUCAAGUGCCCCAAACCCUCCGUGAAUACGUGGAAUACGUACUUCCGAGGCAAAGGGCCAAGGAGACGUCAGCAGUUUGUGCGGGGCUUGGCGAUCGCCCACGCCCACGCGCACGCCCGCGCCCACGCUCGGGAGGUCGCGCUUCUUGGGCUUCCCUGUGGUGCCUAA